GGAAAACCUUGUUAGUUUUUUAACAACAUGAUAACAGACCUUUAUUAAAGCUUCAUUAUUUCAAAACAUCAAAACGUCUCUUCGACCAAAUAACAUCCGAUCGUCGCUUCUUUCAGAUUUUGUAUCCAUUUGCCAUAUUGAUUAUCCAAACAUGGCACAAGUUUGGGAAGAAACGGUAUAUAUACCUUCUUAUGAAGUUGGAAAACCGGAAAAGAAUCCCUUAUUUCUAGAGAAGAGAGUUUAUCAAGGCAGCUCAGGAAAGGUAUAUCCAUAUCCUGUUAUUGAAAAGAUUUACGAUCAAAAGCUCGAAAAACCUUACAGAGUUGUAUUCCUUGAGAAUGAAUACAUUCAAGUCCAGUUAAUGCCCGAUAUUGGAGGCAGAGUGUAUCGAUACUUGGAUAAAACAAACGGCUAUGAUGCAGUUUAUUACAAUCGAGUGAUCAAACCAGCUCUUGUUGGUCUAGCAGGUCCUUGGAUAUCCGGAGGAAUCGAGUUCAACUGGCCGCAACAUCAUCGACCAAAUACUUUUGGAAAAGUGGAAUAUUAUUAUACAAGAGAUACAGAAAUUGGAGUUUGCACCUGUUGGAUGACUGAAGUGGAUAGAAUGUACGGAACCAAAUGUUUAGUUGCCUUUUCAAUAUAUCCAGGAAAGUCCUUUUUAGAGAUUAAGGUCAUUUUAUAUAAUCGAACAGCGAUUCCUCAAACUUUUUUAUGGUGGGCUAAUCCAGCAGUACAUGUUCAUGAUCAAACCCAGUCUAUCUUUCCACCUGAUGUUCGUGCAGUGUUCGAUCAUGGAAAGAGAGAUUUGUCUAGGUUUCCUAUUGCUACAGGAGUAUAUUACAAGGUAGACUAUUCUGAAGGAGUGGAUAUUUCAUGGUACAAAAAUGUACCUGUUCCUACAUCUUAUAUGGCAUACUAUUCAAAAUAUGACUUUCUUGGAGGUUAUGACCAUCAUAAGCACGCAGGUAUUCUUCAUAUUGCAGAUCACCACAUAUCGCCAGGAAAGAAGCAAUGGACUUGGGGUUGUGGCAAUUUUGGAGAUGUUUGGCAUCAACAGCUUACCGAUGAAGAUGGUCCUUAUGUGGAGUUGAUGGCUGGUGUAUAUACCGAUAAUCAACCCGACUUUACUUGGUUGAAGCCUCAAGAGCUGAAGACUUUUACUCAGUAUUUCUUGCCUUAUAAGCAAGUUGGUGUAGUAAAGAAUGCCAAUAUUGACUUUGCCAUUGGUUUGGAUAGGAAAGAAGAUCAGCUUCAUAUGUGCAUAUAUGCUUCUUCCAAUUUUGAACAGUUGAAGCUUCUUUUGACGGAUACUAGAAAUGAUUCUAUUAUCUAUGAAAACCUUAUAGAUGUCUCACCUCUGAAGCCUUUUACACAUUCCAUUACUUGUCAUCAUGAGAAACCGCAUUAUAUAAAGAUGGCACUUUAUGGAGAGAAAGACAACUCCAUCGAAUUAAUAUCCUAUCAGCCAGAAUAUCCUCAUAUAGAAAAGUUUCCUGAACCUGCAAAACCAAUUGAAGCCCCCGAGCUAUUACCAAAUACAGAAAGUCUAUUUUUAGCUGGUUUGCAUUUGGAACAGUAUCGUCAUGCAACUUAUAGACCAGAAGAUUAUUAUUUAGAAGGAUUGAAAAGAGAUAAGGACGACAUUCGACUAAAUACUGCUUAUAGUGUGCUUCUAUUAAGACAUGGAGACCAUAUAAAUGCAAAAAAAUAUUUCGAAAGAGCAAUAGUGACGUGUACUCGACACAAUCCUAACCCUUCUGAUUGUUCUGCUUAUUAUUAUCUAGGACUAUGUCUGAAAUAUGAAAAGCGCUGGGAUGAAGCUUUCGAUUCAUUUUACAAAGCUAUUUGGGAUUCUCAUUAUCAUAGUUUAGGCUAUUAUCAACUUGCAUGUCUUGCAUUUCGUAUGAAAGCUUAUUCCAAGUCUUUGGAGUUUAUAGAAACCUCACUGAAGAAGGAUGGUUCCAACUUGCUUGCUCUCAAUGCCCGUAUUACCAUAUUGCGCAAGUUGGGACAUUUUAAAAAGGCAUCUGAAUACUGUUAUCAAGUUUUAAAAGACAAUCCUUUAGAAGCAGCUGCCUUGUUGGAAAAUUCUUUGCUUGAAGCAAUUGAUAAAGAGAAAGGAAACCAUAAUAGCGUUAUCCAUGAUCAAAAAAUGACUUGGAUUCGGGUAUUGGAUGAAGAGCCGCAUCAAUAUCUUGCUUUGACUGAAGAAUAUUGGGAACUUGGUGAUUAUGACACUGCAGUAUUGAUUCUGGAGCAAUUGAUCACUCAGUGUACAACCAAAGGAAUACAAAUACCUUUUAUUGUAUACUAUGCCAUCUCCUUUCUUCAACAAUAUAUGAAUCAUUCCAGUUCAUUUCCAAAAUCAAAUUAUUUUGAAAGGGCUUCCAAAGCAGAUUUACAGCUGUACUUUUCGACUUCUUUAUUCGAAAUGUUUAUUUUGCAAGAUGCCUGUAACCAAACUUUGGAUUAUAAGCCUCAUUAUAUGCUUGGCAAUCUUCUUUAUGAUAAGCGACGGUAUCAAGAUGCCAUUUCUUGUUGGGAAAGAUGCAUAGAGUUGGAGCCAUCAUUUCCUACUGCUUAUCGCAAUCUCUCUUUGGCAUAUUUUAAUAAGCUUAAAGAUACUAAGAAAUCAAAAGAAUAUAUGGAAAGAGCAUUUUCAUUGGACACUUCAGAUGCUCGAGUAUUUUACGAAUUGGACAAAUUAUAUCGCAUUCUCGGUGUUCAUCCCAAACAGCGUUUACAGCAGUUAGAACUAUAUAUGUCACUAGUUCAGCAACGAGAUGAUCUUAUUGUGGAACAUGUAACCUUACUCAAUAGGGAUGGUGCUUAUGACAAAGCAUUAUCCAUAUUAUUGAAUCAUCGUUUUCAUCCUUGGGAAGGAGGUGAAGGAAAAGUUAUUGCACAAUAUACUUUUUGUUGUAUUGAAUUGGCAAAGAAACAUUUGAUUUGCAAUGAGACAGAUGGAGCAAUUUCCUAUUUGAUAAGGGCCAUGGAAUAUCCUUCGAAUCUUGGAGAAGGCAAGUUACAAGGAACUCGUGAAAGUGCUAUCUUUUAUCUGUUGGGCUGUUGUUAUGAACGAAAGAAUGAUAAGUCGUUAGCAAGCCAAUAUUAUGAAAAGGCAUCUCAAGGCUCACUUCAUCUUGAACCGGUCAUGUUUUACAAUGACCAACCACCAGAGUUGAUAUUCUAUCAGGGACUCGCAUUUCGAAGAUUGCAAGACGAAAAGAAUGCCAGAAGAUGCUUUCAUACAUUGAAGGAUUACGGUGAAGUUCAGUUGUUUAAGGAUUUGAAGAUUGACUAUUUUGCAGUAUCGCUUCCCAAUAUGUUGGUAUUUGAAGAAGACCUAAAUAGAAUGAACCAAAUGCAGAGUCGUUUUCUACUGGCGCUGGGAUAUAUAGGUUUGUAUGAGUAUGAAAGUGCUAAACAACAACUAGAGCUAGUAUUAGAAUUAGAUCCUUGUCACUUGGGUGCCUUUAUUCAUUUGGAAAUGUUGAAGAAGCCUUAUGUCGAUGUGUUACUUUAAAAUAAAUUGUUUGCUGCUUUGAGAAUUUGGAAGUG